AUGACAGACGAGCAAUUAAUUGAAUAUGUUAAGCUACGUCCCGUUUUAUAUAAUAAAACUUUUAGUCAAUACCGGGAUCAAACUGUGAGAAAUAUAGCGUGGGAAGAAAUCGCGGAGCAACUUAAUACACCCGCCGAAGAAUUAAAAGAGAGAUGGGGAAAGUUACGAAACUUAUAUAACUCUGCAUUACAAAGACGGCGUAAGAAAAGUAAUUUAAAGUAUCCAUGGAAAUUUGAAAAGGAGAUGGAAUUUCUAAUGCCCUUUAUUGAUGGAAAAUUGGCUGCGAUAAAUUCUAGUAGUAACAAUUUUACAAACGAUGAAGAUUCAACCCAUGAUUCUGAACUGCAUUAUUCCGAUGAAUCGGCAGCUUCUCCCCCUCCUCCUGCCCAGUCGCCUGCUCCGGAGGCCUCGUCAUCACAAGUUAUAGCUAAUAACACAGCAAAACAUAGGAUAAAAAGUGAGAGCGACGACGCUUUACUAAGAGAUAUGGUAGAUAUAAUGAAAUCAUCUCAUGCCGUGAAACUCAAGAGAACAAUAACAGAUAUGGAUGAACACGAUCAUUUCUUUUUAUCAAUGAGUAAGCAGUUAAAGACGUUACCUCCAACAGACCAAGCUGAAAUAAAAUUUCAAUUACACAAGCUUAUACAUGAGUCCGAAAUAAAAAUGUUUAAUAAUUAUAAGUGA